CUGUCAUAUUGUGGUUGUCAAACAUAGUUGGUUGUGUUUAUAUUAUGCGGAGAUCACUCCGGUUGUGUUUUUGCCGUGAUACACAAAGUUUCUUUUUUUUACAGUGGAAAAAUGGAAAUAAAUCAACUUCUUCCAACUUUAGCGGCUGAAGUGGCUACUCUCAUGUUGAUACUCAUAGAAGAGGAAGACGAAGAACUGCAGCAAGAGGAAAAUGCACGGCGCUGCUGGAUGACCGAUCUAUUUCUGGAGAGGGAAAGCGUUUGGACCCGGCUGUUUAGGGCGAUAGAUGGCGAAGGACCAAACAACCGGCUAGAAAGUUUUCUACGUGUGAAUCGCGAAGAAUUUUACUAUCUUUUAAAUCGGAUUGGUCCAAAAAUUGAGCGACAAGAUACAACGAUGCGACCUUCGAUCUGCCCGAAGCAACGAUUAUGCAUCGGGCUUCGCUUUUUAGCUUCGGGAGACUCAUAUGAAUCUCUUGCUUUUUUGUUUAGGGUUUCUAGCAGUUCCGUAUCCCUUAUUUUGCCGUCUACUGCUACAGAAUGGUUGAAGAUUUCAAAAGGAUUCGAGGAAAAAUGGAAUUUUCCUCAUGGUCGAAUUUCUGAUGGUGGAGUGUUAGCAAACAGUGCUAUAUACCAGAAACUGGAGCGCCGGGAGCUUAAUAUACCCGCUCCUGAAAUUUUACAAGUUCCUUACGAGAUCGAGGUUCCCUAUUUUUUUUGGGUGAUCAAGCGUUUGCAUUGA